GCGUCUCGGCAGAGUCGGAGAGGGCUCUUCAUGCGUGAACAGACUGACAGUCCGACUUGUUAAAACAGCGGAGUUUAUGUGAGUCUCAUGGCCGUUUGCUGACCCCGCACGCCGGCUGUUUAAUCCUGUGGGACGCUUCGCUCCAGGUUGUUUAGUUUCCUGCCCCGUGGUACCACUGAAGGUGUUUACAGCAUGUGCUUACGGUAACAUCAGGGUCGGCGGGACAGAAAAGGCUGCAGCCUUCCAGUCAGAGUGCCAAUGCUGAGGAAUGGAUGGUGAAGAAGGGAACAUGGUGGUGGGCACCAGGGAUGAACAGGUGGAGAGGAACAGCACAGACUCAUCAUCAUCAUCAUCAUCAUCAGCCCUUCAGCAGUGCCAACUUCUCCAGAACAUCAUCGACAUCACCAUCUCCAACUUACAGGGACUCCGGACCAAGUGCGCUGCGUCUAACGACCUGACCCAACACGAGAUCCGCACCCUGGAGGUGAAGCUGUUGAAGUACAUCAGUAAGCAGCUGCAGUUUAAGCAGAAGGUUCCAGUGUGUGAGAGAUCGCCGGCCCUCAACACCUUCCCACACCUAAUGGAUUGGCUUCAUACCAUUAAUCUCAGACCUGAACUCUUAGAGGCAGUACCAGUGAAUCUGUCUCUAGAUGCAUUGUUGCAGAUGUCUGGUUCUCAGGUACAGGAGACCAUGAGGAAACUGGGCUCCAGUGCUGAGGAGUGCUCCCGCAUCACUGCUGCCCUCUCCUGUCUCAAGAGCACCACCACCACCACCACCUCCACCUCCAGCUCUGGGCCAUGGACAGGCCAUCAAGCUGACUUUGUCUCGAGCUCAAUAAGAGGACGGGAGCUCAAAGACGAUGGAAUUCCUUGGAUUGUAGAACCUCCUCGCUGUGACAUUAAUACUUCGUUCUCAGCUAAUCAGCUCUCCUGCUCCACUCAAAGCCCUCAACCCUACAGCCCAAACCCAGCCAUUCAGGUCCCUUUUACUCCUAUGAUGUCCAGCACCCAACGUUCUGUCUCUGUUUCUGCUGUAACCUUUCUGGACUCCCCUGUGACCCCACUGUUGAAUGGACUAGCCGACCCUUUCUGCUCCUCACCUCAGCUGCUACGGCGUCCGUUGGAACAGGUAUCGACUCCACCCCCUACACCGCCCACCAUUAGGAACGAUCUCCUGAAGUCCCCUCAUACGCCGCCACCGCCAUCCAAGUUGCGCCAGCUUUUCCCCACCUUGCCCCGCAGCAAGAGCCACACACAGCUUGCCAACCGCAUAGAUGAACCGGCACACAAGAAUGUGAAGAAGAAUAAGAUGCUUCUAAAUGUGCAAGUGCAAGAUGUAGGAAAUGGCUAUGAGGAUUCGCCCUCACGCUCGCCACUGCUCUCUGUCCCCUCUCCACACAUUAUUCCCAACACACGCAUCCAUGUGGAAAGUCCAACACUGAAAGGAAAAUCUCCACAAGCUAUAAGGAGAGAUUAUGGUCUUACAAUCACACAUAGGUUUUCCACCAAGUCGUGGUUCUCCCAGACGUGUGCAGUGUGUCGGAAAAACGUGCUCUUUGGUGUAAAGUGCAAACACUGCAAGUUAAAGUGCCACAACAAGUGUACCAAAGAAGCCCCUCAGUGCCAGAUAAUUCCAAUUUCAAAAAUCAGAAGAACGGAGUCGGUUCCCUCCGACAUUAAUAACCAGGUGGAGCGACUACCAUCAACUACACAGUUUGGCACACUGCCAAAGACUUUAAACAAAAAGGACCUUCCUCCACCUGUCAGUCAGCCUGACUCCAGCAGUAACGCCUCUUCCACCACGUCCUCCACACCUUCCUCACCUGCCUUCAGCUCAAGCAACCCACCAAGUGCCACUCCGCCCGCAAACCCCUCACCCAAAGGGGCCACUGAUGACCGCUUUCACUUCCCAGCUUCCUGCUAUUAUCAGCUCAGACAACAGUUUAUCUUUCCUGAUAUAUCAAGUCCCCAACAUCAAGAUGGCCAUGACUCAGGAGAGACAGAGCAAGUAGGUAAUGAGCUGAUGAUACAGGCACUGCGGCAGAAAGAACCAGCUGUGAAUGACGAUGUGGAUGGUGUAGAAGAACAACAGGAGCAUGAAAGACAAGACGAGACUGCUUCUUAUGGAGAAUCUGAUGGUGAAGAGGACGAACUAGAUGACCUACCCAGCUGCAGGCGACCCUGGAAGGGCCCCAUCUCACGCAAGGUCAGCCAGACAAGUGUAUACCUGCAGGAGUGGAACGUUCCCUUCGAGCAGCUCGAGCUGGGGGAUCUUAUAGGGAAAGGCCGCUGGGGAAAGGUGUACCGCGGACGUUGGCAUGGAGAGGUGGCCGUGCGCCUGCUGGAAAUAGACGGAAAUAAUCAGGACCACUUGAAACUUUUUAAGAAGGAAGUGAUGAACUAUAGACAGACACGGCAUGAGAAUGUGGUGCUCUUUAUGGGAGCUUGCAUGAACCCUCCUCAGCUGGCUAUCAUUACAAGUUUCUGCAAGGGGCGGACACUGUACUCUGUCGUCAGAGAUUCUAAAACCUCACUCGACAUCAACAAGACCAGGCAGAUUGCUCAGGAAAUUGUCAAGGGAAUGGGCUACCUCCAUGCAAAAGAUAUCGUGCAUAAGGAUUUAAAGUCCAAAAAUGUGUUUUAUGACAACAACAAAGUGGUGAUCACAGAUUUUGGUUUGUUCGGAGUCUCAGGAGUGGUGCAGGAGGAUCGGCGAGAGAAUGAACUGAAACUGCCGCGAGGCUGGAUUUAUUACCUUGCUCCUGAGAUUGUACAGAGGAUGUGUCCUGGAAAUGAUGACCUCUUACCCUUUUCUAAAGCUGCUGACAUUUAUGCCUUUGGCACUAUCUGGUACGAGCUGCAGGUGAGAGACUGGCCAAUUAAAACUCAGCCAGCGGAAGCUGCUAUCUGGCUGCUGGGGAGUGGAGCAGGCAUAAAGAGUGAGCUGGCCCAGAUCAGCCUGGGGAAGGAAAUCACGGAGAUCUUGUGUGCGUGCUGGUCCUUUGACCUUGAGGACAGACCGACAUUCUGUCAGCUAGCUGACCUGCUAGAGAAGCUUCCCAAGCUCAACCGCAGACUCUCCCACCCCGGACAUUUCUGGAAGUCUACCGAGUAUGUAUCAUAGAGCCGUGAGAUUGCAUGCUGUCACCCUGCACUGCCUCACUGAAGAGAGCAAGCUGAAGUGAACUCUUCUCAGAUGUAAUCUUUAGGCGCCUAAACGUGUGGCUAAAUGUAGGUAAAGUCUUAUUUGUUUCCUGAGCCUUCUCCAAGUGUCUUAAAUUUGUAAGACAUUUUAAGGUAAAUCUGAUUUGCCUUCAACACAUGCCUUCAAUUCAGAAUUCAGUGAAUUCAGUGCAGCAGGUUGUUUUUGAUUUUGUAAUGAGCUUAAGUUUUAAAUGUGAAUGUUUUAUUUUGACAAACAGCUAUAUAUUCAGUCUGAGUAAUGGAGAGUGAUAUAUGAUAUGGGUGUGUUUUUUUAACUGAUGAUUCUCUACAUAAAGUGCAGAUUUCUGUAAUUUAUCAGUUUGAAUUUUUUUUUCUCCUAGUUAUUUUUGUACAGUAGAUUCAGUCUUCAUACAUCACAGGCAUAUUUCUUAUGCAGUUAAUAAAGAUACAACACCAGUAGCAAAACAAACAGGAAACAUUAUAAUACCUGUUAAGGUCAAGAUGAUGCAUAACAGGAAGCAGAAAUGAAAAUGGUAGUUUUGGUCAAUGAAACUCUUUGGGUCAUCACAUACAGUAAAUGUCCAUUUGUAUUCUCUCUAAUCUUUCCUUCCCCCUGUUUCCUGUUUGUGCUGGGACCGGAACUGUCAUCUGUUUCUGCUGACUUCUCCUUUUAACUUUCUGGGCCAAAUCACCAUUCUACCACUGUGCUGCAUCUCAAAAUUCAAUCCAAAUCCUCCAUCUUUUUUUUUCUUCAUCCAUCUGUUUUUUUUUUUAAUUUCUUCUCAUGUCCUCUUUGACAAUUUCUUCUUCCCACCAUACUCAUGAUUGUCCUUUGUGGCUUCACUCUAUCUCCAGCUCUUGGCAUCAUCACUGUCUGCGGGAACACUGUAGCCAAGGAAUGCCUUCUCACUGCCCCUACAUAUACAAAUAUGAUAUUUAAUGCACAGCUUAAGCAUCUAUGAGUAUGACUUAUCCACUAAAGGUAUCCGUCAUUUGUCUUUUGCUUUAGAAAAUAAGCAAGUUAUGUCACAGUAUUUUUUUUCUGUUAAUGUGAUAAAUGAUUAGUACAAUUAAUUGGCCAGACUGAGUAUUGUGAUUAGGGGUGAAUGAUGUCGUGAGUUUGGUUUUAUCACAGUAAAAUAUGUAGAAUUACACUUUUAUAUUGUGACUAUCAUUAGUAAUUCUACAACAUUGACCAACUCCAUUGUUAGUCAGGCUGACAAGGAACUAACUGAACAUUUUAAAAAUUUUCUGCUUUGAUCCUUUUUAAAUAUUUAUUUAUUUUUUUAAAUACUUUUUGCAAAUCAGUGGACAUAUAACUUUCCAUGGUGUUUCAAAUAGCAUGUUGUGCGUGUUCAGUGCAAACUUUAUUAUAACUGAAUAUCACAGUAUAUGAUACAUGAUCUAUCAUGAACACAUCAAGUAUCAUGCUAUUUUUGGCAUACAUACUUUAUUUAUUCAUCUUCAGUCUAUGCCAGAAACACUGGGGACACACCCUGAAUGGGACACAAAUUGCCCAUUCCAAUAGUUACAUAAGUCUUCUAUUGUGGCAAUAUUUUCCAGGGGUCAUGAUUUGGUAUCUUCGCCAGUAUGGCCCACCCACGCAACAUUGCUUGAUUUGUAUUUGUCAUUCAUGUCUACACAGCAAAUUCCUCAGUGUUGAAUUAACACUUUCAGAGUUAAUUUGUGUCCAGUUGGACCUAUAUAAACACCAGUGGCGGCUGGUAGUCUUUCAAACGGGAGGCUGGUCAGUUAUGAUAUUUCCAGAUUUUAAAAGAAAAAAGAAAAAAACAUAAAUUUUGCCCAUACUCUUGCCUCUGAUCUGGCUGAUUGUUGGCAGGGUCACAAACUGUGAAAUAACAGGUUCUUUUGGCCCAUUAGCCUACUGUCCAAUAUACAUGAUGGUGGUGUUGGGGAGGGGUAUAUUUUAACAUUUUAUAUUUUAAAAUUGUGGCAUGUUGUUUAAAAAUUGAUCAUUAUUGAAAGCAGCUCUUUGUCAGGAACCUCAGCAGUAACAGCAGAGUGUUCUGGAAUAGGCACAAGCACUGACCUUGGGGAGCCAAACAUAGAGCUGGGUGCCACACAUUUCAUUCAAUGACACUUUCCCUAUAUUUUACUUAUUUUGACUGAGAAAUGUUUUAUUGACAAUUUUGAUAACCCUUCACUUUUAAUCCAGGUCUGUAGUGUGAAAUGUUCUCGGCUGUGUUUUUGUUUAAAAAUGUUUUCCAAAUUGUAGCGGUGUUUAAUUCAUAUCCAGAAAAAUAUAUAUUCCAAUAUAAUAUACUCAGCAUAAACAUUUUAAAUAGAUCCUAUAUUUUUGGUCCAUCCAUGACAUAUGACUAAAGUAGCCUAUUUACUGUUGUUGAUGUGGGUCACUUGCUGUUAGCCAAUUCACUUUCUCGUACCAGGAGAGCUGAAAGGAACGAGUAUUAUUCCCGACCUUUUUCACCAAGUCAAUUUGAGGCGUUGGUCUACCCUGCUCUUUAAUUUUAAUUUUUUCCUCGAAAGGAAGACUAGCAAAUGGCUUCGCCAAAAUUAAAUCAGCAAUGCUCGGCAUCCGUGCGCAGCUUUCUUGCUAGCUGACUAGCCCCCUCAAGUUCAAGUUCAGUCACUCAAAUAAACGAAAUUUUUGGAACUAAGAUAGCAAACUUGACAACACUAUAUUUACACUUUAUUUACAAUGAAAAUAUAUACAAACUAAAAAAGCUGGUAGAAACCGUAUGUAAUGAAUGAAAUCGAAAUGUAAGCUGAUCUCUUACAAUACACCACAGCACUUGCGAAUCCGCAUGGGACUGAACUGAGAUUCACCGCUGCCUGUCUAUAGUUGAAACGAGCUGUCAAUCAAAGAAAAUAUCCGGCCGCUUUCACUAAUCACCAGUCUCCUCGCGGAAACUGCCAUGUCCCUCCCACUGUGAGGCUCGGAGUCCGUAGGCGGGCGUUUUCGCAGUAUUUGUCCAAUAACCGUCUUGCAUUUUGAGAUUGAAAAGCGCAUAGCUCCCAAAUGCCAUUGAAGUCCACUGAGGCUGGGAGUCCGUGAGACUCCGUGGGCGGGCGUUUUCGCAGUAUUUGUCCAAUAAUCGUCUUGCAUUUUGAGAUUGAAAAGCGCAUAGCUCCCAAAUGCCAUUGAAGUCCACUGAGUCUGGGCUGCAUCGCGCUGUCAUGAGGGGGGAAAACUCACGCACACAUUAGGCGAACUGGGGAAAGUUAUAAGGGAAUGAUUUCGCACUGUAGUUGGGUUGAGCACAUAUAUUUCUAUGAUUCUGGAUCUGAAAUAGCAAUGUUAUAAGGUCGGCUAUAACAUAAGCCUAGCGCAAUUCAUCCUACAUGAUGUUCGUCAUUUUUAGAGGAGGCUGAGCCUCCCUCGUUGUCUUAGAGCAAUCGCUCGUGAUAAACACUCUGGGUGUUAAUUCAACACUGGGGAUUUGCUGUGUACCAUUGACUAGGUUUGUGUGAUAUUGAUUUUUCCCUGCUUGCCAUUUAAAAAAUUAUGUUAAACUAUUUUAAUCAUCCCAUACUGACAAAAGACAGGAAACUGAGGCUUUCCACUGUUUCAGGUUUGAUGACAGUAUGGGAAGGUGUAAUAGUAAUACCAGCUGUGCAGCUGGGAACUGCUUGCCAAUAGCAACAGCAAUUGGCAAAACCCAGCUGUGGAUUAAAAGGUGAUUCUGCAGUAAUGUGCAAUAAACAACUUAAACACAUAUUCAAUAUAAUCCUUUUACAAAUCAUUCAUGGCCGACAUGAAAAUCCCAAAACUGCAUAUUAAAUCACUUUCUAAUUAGCAUCGCCAUUACAUUUGUAAAGUGGUAGAUUUGACACUUCAUUUUUUUUUUUUUAGGUCAAACUUCUUUGUCAUUUUUGUCUCUUUCAGAUGAAAACACAAAAUGCUUUUGUUUGUCCGACUUUAGCUUCAAUUUUAUGCUACCUUCUAUAAUAACUAUAGUUAUCAGCUGUUAACUAUUUACUUGUCUAAUGUUAGCUAAGUCAAGGAUCCACUGUUAGAUGUUAUUUCAUAGUAAUGAAAUUAAAACGUUCUCCAUUUACUUUGAAAAAAAGUGAGCGCGUCCCACAAGUUUAAUUGAGAGCAUGUGUUUUGGGGGAAAGGGGUGGGGCCUAAUUAGGGUGUUAGUUAAUAUAGGAGAGUUCAAAACACCUGCGCAAAUCAUUCCAGAUUAAUGUCAAAUGGCUUAUUUCCCAUUUUAUUGGGGGAGAAAAAAAAUGGUCUUUUGGUGUAUUUUUCAGUGUUAACUCAUACUAGUAUAUAGACGUUAAGUUGCAAAACGCGUAAAGUUUGACAGGACUGGUAAUACAGUAUAAUCAGAGUAAAUGUGACUGGAUAUCAGGGCAGUGAAAAAUCAUGCAGAGGCGAUUAUAAUGUUAUAUUACACAAUCCUAUCAUCAUUGAGAUAUCUGGAGAAAAAAAAAAGUGGCACUGUUGCCUUAAAUGUUUACAGAUUUUUCUGGAGAUGGCAGUGUUCUACUUGCAGAUGGUUUCUAUUUAAUUGGCAUCAAUAACGUAUAUGUUUAUUAACUUACUAUAUUCCCACUGUCUAUAUUGCCUCUUCCUUCUCCCAUGGCCAGAUCUAGCCAAGAAUAAACUUUAUGCUGUACUGAGAUGUCUGCUGUCAGUUUGUAGCCAGGUUAUAGUAGAUCCUCUUGCAUAUGCAUGCCUGUCUGAUCCUGCUUGCUGUACCUGAGUAAGAGAUGUAAAACUAAUAAUGCUGCUGAUCCUUUAUUCAUGCCUUACUGAAGCUAGCCGUUAACAUGCCUUACCUUAUUUGUAAAUCUCAUAUUACAAUCCUGUACAGUACAACCUUUAAUGUAAAGUUUGGAUAAAACUGUCUGCACUUUAAAUCGAAAUUUUGUGGAAUCCUAUUCUCAUUCUUCACUCUGUCUGUAAAUAAUGAACACAAGAAGUUUGAUUGUAUCUAUUUAGGCAAAGUGAACUGAAAUGAGAAGACGGAGAAAAGGAGCGCUUGUAGGAAUGUGUGUUUCUAAAUGAUUUAUGCUUUGCGUAAAGCAUGUCUUUAUGGUUAAUUUGGAGAGUGGAAUGUUCAGAGAAUUGUAAUGGCACAAAAAUAUGCUCUCAUGAGGGAUUAUGCAUGGCAGAUUUUAGGAGUUGGGAGGUUGAAGAAGCAGCUUUGGGUUAUAGUAAAGAAAAGCAACUCUUGGGUGAUUUUUGGAUUUGUAGAUAUUGUUUUUAUUUAAUAUACAGCUCAGCCUCCUAUUAUUUGUACAAACUUUUAUAUGAUUGUUUUCCAUCACAGCAUUUGGAAUAGGUACUUUAUUCCUGUUUUAUAGAGAUAAACACAAGUAUGUUGUAAAACAUGAAAUGUACGUUUUUAACUGGUUUAAUGUGUAUUUUAAUGGAUUUAAGGUUUUAAGAAUUUCUUUGUACAGCAUGUUUAAUGUGUUUGGAUAGUUUAUUUCAUGUUGUCUUCAACCUGAAAAAACAAUAAAGCCCAAUUUGUUAGUAUGUAUGUGAACAUCUCUGAGACUGUGAUUUAUUGGGAAAUUCAGAAGAAAGUGCUCAGGAAUGUCUUUGCAUUUAUUGGGACAUGAGUGUGGAUACAACAUAAAAAUCUCUUAAACAGCUGCUGAAGGAUCACAUUGAACACACUGAAUGUUUUCAUCAAAGCAGCUGACAAGGAAAAUGCAAAAAUGUCAGUUACAACGAGGAAUCUGAGUACCACAGAAGCAACGGUAGCAUUACAUCUGAGAUAUAAAAGUGGGGAAUGUCAACACAAUAAAGAGGAGAAGUAAAGACAUUUAAAAUUACUUGCAGGUAUUAUAUUGUGCUGUGUACAUCCAUUUAAUAAGUGUGUUUGUAUAUAAGUACAAGUGUGUAUGUGUGUAUGGUGCCUGAGAUGGACAGGCUUCCCAUCCAAGGUGUAUUUCAGGGGUCCUGGCUCUGACUCCACCACAACUGUAAUGAAAUAAAAUGCAGCAAAUGCACAGUUUGAUUUGA